AUGGAUGCACCGGUCAUCCAGGUAUCCUCCUUAGAGGGUGACUCCAUCUCGACCGCGAGUCCAUCUUCUUCCAUCAACACCAUCGCCGGGCCGGGACAGCCAGCGCCGACUCGAGGCCACGACGUCAUCCCUGGCAGUACACCGACACCCGAUGGGCUCUCACCCACCUCCGGUUUGCUCGGCUCACCAUCCUCUUCGCCUCUUAGUCGUCGAUCAUCUGUCUACUCGGAAGCCACUGCUGUGGAUGGGGCGGGCGCGGAUGGCCUGACGACUCGCGGUAAUAGCCCAGAAUGCGAGCGGGGCAACUACACGGGAGAACCUCUAAACGACGAGCCCAUCUCGAUCUCUGACCAGGGCGACGGGAGCAUCUGCACGGUCUACUUGUCUCCUGCGCCCUACGACUUCAUGUCCAAGCAGCGAUACACCCGGGAGCCGAUGGAAGCCUACGAUGCCGCAAAAAAUUACUUCACAAACGAGUGGUUGUAUGAUGACGAGAAGCACAAGCUCAUCGAGACGACGCUCGGCCUCUUCGAAGAUCAAGUACGCACUGAAGAACUUGACCCCAAGGAUUGGGAGAUAUGCCUGUCAAUAUGGGUGGACAAAGACACGAAGAACGCUUGGAUGCUACUACAUCUGCGACAUGGAGAAGAGGGAGGUCUUUACAUCCAUGAAGUCGACCAGUCGUUCUUCACAGAGAGCUUGGAUGAGGUUGAGAUACUGGGGCGAGAGCACCUAGGUGUCGCGGCGCAUCGAGGCUACUGGGAACACCUAUUCAUGUUCCCGCACGGCCGCGUGAUUCAAAAAGAAAUGCUUGAAAGCUUCUCGCUGAACUCACAUCGAGAGACUUCGAAGAGCUCGACAGCUCCAUACGAUGCCUCCGAUCUUGCGCGAUUCCUUAACAUUAUGAAAGGUAUCGAAUGCGAUGAUAAUCAGCACUCCCACCUCAAUAUGUUGCGACAUAUGUCGACGAUCCACAUCGAACGCACCAUGCGCUACUAUGCAUCCGUGCUGCGCCCCUCCAAAUACGUCAAUUAUGUUCAAAGUUGCGACGUAUUUCUUCUUCUUACUCCGGAAAUCUAUUUGGAGCGUCUGAACAAAGUAUGGGUCAACCACAUGGUCAAUUCCCAGUACUGGAGAAAAUUCAUCGAGGACACCCAAGCAGACUGGCAAGGCUCCAUCACUCCAACCACCGUUAUCCUCGCUGCAAUCUCAGCUUCCUUGCCAUUCAAAGUGUCGAUCAAAAUGAAUGCUGACAACAUCGUCGUACCAGAUGAUGUACUUGCUCCUCGUGCGAUGACGCCACGAGGGGUUGAGAUGCUCGCGAUCAUGUUCAGCAUCCCUACGGCCUUCUUCCUCUGGGGUCUCGUCACCUUCUUCAUCGCGAUCUCCUGGCUCUGCUUUUGGGAUACCGCGCGCUCCGUCUGGAUCGUCAUCGUCUCCUUCGUCUCCGUCUUCGCCCUCCUCAUCGCCCUCGUCCUCCGUAACUCCAAGCGCUUCCUGGACGCCGCCGCCGCGACGCGCACCGACGCCGCACGCAAGAUGCGCACGCUCACCAUGGACGCCCUCAAGCGCACCAAGUCCGUCGGCUCUGCCGGCUCCGUGGCGCUGCAGCGCCCCAUCCUCGCGGCCACGCGCCGGUUCACGAGUCGCGCGACGAUGUCGCCGCCCCGGACGCCGACCCCGGACUCAGGCGCGGGGCCCAGCAGGAGCGACGGAGGGUCUUCGCCCCACAGCCAUUCGUUUCGGAGAAACAGCAGCCUGCGGUGGGCCCAGCUGCCCCUCGACACCCAACAGAUGAUCCCGCUCAGCACGAGGACGACGCCGGUUGAGCCGCCCGCCAUCCAACUCACGCCCCCUUGGCCUAUCCGCGAGGAGGAGGAUGCCCCAAGAAGACCCCUACUGACGGGUCAUGACAUGCUCCUGCUCGCCGCGCCCUACGACUCGGACGCCACCUCGUUUUACACCUCCAUCUCCACCGGGGACAAUUUCUGGACCGAGCGCGGCACCGUUGCGCUCCGUCGCUCGGACGGCACUCAGUGGGCCGUCGAGGAGCUCAUCGCGUUCGAGCGCGACGUCAUCGUCGACUCCGGCCUCCGAUGCACGCUCGCACUCGUCAAAACGGCACUGCCGUUGCCAUCCACUAUGUCGUCCCUCCGCGCUACGGUCGUAGAGUUCGCGCCCGUGGCGGACCCCAUGAUGAAGACAAAGGUCGCCCUGGACACGACCGUCCACGGUAAGUGUCACAAGCGGAUCAUCAGUAACGACAAACGUGCAAUGGUGAAGCUGUGGAAAGAGGCAGACCGCACCAUCAAGGCCAUUCUCACUGCGAAUCAGGAGACUCAGGCCACGGACUCCAAGGGAAAAUCCAGUCGCUCUGAGUUUGAGGCUGCGUGCAAGGACCUCAACAACCGCUUUGCCAUUGCGAAGCCCUUGUUCAUCUCCGGCAGGAUAACUGGUCGUGCGGCGACAACCCCCAUGGUCGAAGCUGUUUUUUCAGAGUUCUCCCUAAUCAAGAUCGCGUUCAACGUCAACGCGGACGAAGCCGCAGUGCUCGGCGCGGCCUACAAUGGAAUUCCCAUGCGAACGUUCGUGCAGUUCCCCAUCACUACCGACAAGCUCGUCUACCGCAGCAAACGCAGGCCGGUGCUCGAGCUCGACAAGGACGCGUUCACCGUCGCCGUCUCGGGCGCAGGGGAGGCCCCCAGCCAUGCAUGUCCACCCUUGCUGGCCUCCUGA